UUCAAAACUCAAGCCAUCCUGAGACUCACUGAGUGCUGCUGCCCGAUGGCCAUCCCCAAGAGCUCCCUGAGCCCACUUCCCUGGGAACAGAACAGCUUCCUGCAAGUGAAGGUAGAGGAGGAAGAAGAGGCCAGCCUCUCCCAGGGCCAGGAAUCCAGCCGUGACCAUACCACUCACCUUGAGGCUGCACGCUUGCGUUUUCGGCACUUCCACUAUGAAGAGGCAUCUGGCCCGCAUGAGGCCCUGGCCCAGCUCCGAGAACUGUGCUGCCAGUGGCUGCAGCCCGAGGUGCACUCCAAGGAGCAGAUGCUAGAGCUACUGGUGCUGGAGCAGUUCCUGGGCGCACUGCCCCCCGAGAUCCAGACCUGGGCAGGGGCCCAGUACCCUAAGAGUGGAGAGGAAGCUGCUGUGCUGGUGGAGCAUCUUACUCAGAUGCUGGACAAGAGAGGAUGGGAUCUAGGAACUGAGCCUCCAGAGACAAACUGCAAACAGAGUGAUCCAGAAAAGUCAGAGCCAUCAAACAUGACCACUGACACCCUCAUGGGGGCUUUCCUGAGACCUGCCUUUGCCAAUGCCUGUGAACCCAAGGGUAGCCCAGAUAGGGGGCUGGGACUCUCAGAGGAGAUCUGGACAAAGUCUGCCACCCAAGAGAUGGAUUUCAGGAAAACUUCAAGGCCUUACAAGGAUGCCCCCACAGAGCAGCCUGGUUGUGAAUCUGGUGCCUCAGGGAACACUUCCAAUGUGUGGGCAAACGUCUCCUCUCAAAAGAAGGCUCCUUCAGAGAAAUUUGAUCUGCUGGAUGGGUAUGGGAAAGAACCUUCAUACACAUACUCAGGAAGGAAGUCUUCCAAGUGUGACGAAUGUAGGAAAACAUUCCAGAGUACCUCAGCCCUUGAGGUACACCAGAAAAGCCAUUUCCGGAAGACACCAUAUGCCUGCAGUGAAUGUGGGAAAGCCUUCAGCCGGAGCACUCACCUAACCCAGCACCAGGUUGUCCACACAGGGGCGAAGCCUCAUGAGUGUAAGGAAUGUGGGAAGGCUUUCAGCCGAGUCACCCACCUGACUCAGCACCAGAGGAUUCACACCGGAGAGAAACCAUACAAAUGUGGGGAAUGUGGCAAAACUUUCAGCCGCAGCACCCAUCUCACCCAGCACCAGCGGGUGCACACCGGGGAGCGGCCCUAUGAGUGUGAUGAGUGUGGGAAAGCCUUCAGCCAGAGCACACAUCUAACUCAGCACCAGCGCAUACACACUGGGGAGAAACCCUACAAGUGUGAUGCAUGCGGAAGAGCCUUCAGCGACUGCUCAGCUCUGAUCCGACACCUGAGAAUCCAUUCUGGAGAGAAGCCAUAUCAGUGUAAGGUUUGUCCAAAGGCCUUUGCACAGAGCUCCUCCCUUAUUGAGCACCAGAGGAUCCACACAGGAGAGAAGCCCUAUAAGUGCAGGGAUUGUGGGAAGGCCUUCAGCCGCAGCUCAGCCCUCAUGGUUCACCUGAGGAUCCACAUUACAGUGCUGCAGUGACUGGAAAUAGCCCUCAGAGGAUAGCACAGCCUCACCUUGGAGGCUC